GACUAAUCGACUAUUGAAAAGAUCUAAUCUUUGUUAAUGAAUGAAAACAAACAGCACUCUCAGCAAACUGGUAAAAUGUUUGUUUUAUAAUCAGUAGUUACAGAAGACCUCUUAAUAAAAGUUAUCUCGCAUAUUUAUUUAUUAACUUCAUAAAACUUAAAAGGAGACAUGGAAAGUAAAGGAACACCAGAAAGUGAUUUCAGUAUUGAAUGUUUUCAAAACUACACAGCCCCAGAGGUAUUCAUUCAAGGAUUAGCUGGUAUAAUCGAUCAGCAAGAUGUGAAAUCAAUGAUAAUAGCCCAAAAACAAAUGUUACAAAGAUUUGAGAAAACUAACGAAAUGUUAACCAAUUGCAAUGCGCUAAGCGCUUCUAGGUUGAAAUCAGUAGGUCCAGAAUUCAAAAAACACUGUCAAACAUUUCUAGAGAUGAAAAAAGAUUUGGAUUACAUCUUCAAAAAAAUCAGAGCAAUCAAAACCAAAAUAUCAGCUCAAUACCCAGAAGCUUAUGCAGAGGCUUAUUCAAAUAACAACCCUUUAGAGAACUCUGAUAUGCAGGAUAGUGAUGAAAAUAUAUUUCAACCAAAGGAAGAUUGAAAACAUUUUAUUUAUUCAGAAUUACAUUUUAUUUAAUUUCAUAAUGAGUUCAAAUUCUUAAAAUUCAUAUAUACACAUGGAAAUAUAAUCAGAUAAAUAAAGAACCAUCUGCUGGACCUAGAUAAUGUAAAGAAAUGAG